AUGCCGAUCCACACAGCCCCCGCUUCCUUCCCAGCCAAGACCGGUGUCGCACCACCAAGUUCCCAACUCGUCAAUCGUCCGUCGCUUCCUGCCUGCUCUGCGGCCUACAACAUCACGACAGGUAAGGUAAAGACGCCAAGGGGCAAGUGCCAUCCCUCCCCCUUGAUGAUUAAUAAGCCGGCUACUUUCAUCUUCAAUCAAAAUUUUGUUCCCUAUUUUCCUUUAGUUCAGUCUCAUCGCUUUACGACCUUGCCGAGUUUCUUAUUAUCGGGGUCCUUUUCCAUACCGUUUUGCACUACCGCCCAGUGCUCGGGGGCAACCGAGUUUCUUUUCUGUCAACUACUGAACAUAGCGGCGGGGAAAAAAAAAAGAGGGUAUGAGACGUGA